CCACGCUGGGGCUCGCCGUGCGCAGCGGGAAGAUGGCGGCGCCCAGGGCGGCGUGGGACGGGCGGGACAUGCCCUGGAACCGGCUGGACGUGCCCUGGCCCGCGAACAGCGCCACGGUGCCGCUGGCGGCCCAGCACCCCGCAGUGAGGCUGCUGUCCGCGCUGCGGCGGCGGUGCCACAUCGCCGGGAAGCGGCUGUCGGGGCCGGGCCUGGCCGCCGAGGGACGCGUCCUGCGCGCCGUGCUCUAUGCGUACCACAGCAGGCUGCUCCGGCACCGGCCCUACCUAGCCCUGCAGCAGGUAGAGCAAUGCUUGAAGCGCCUAUGGAAAAUGAAUCUGGUGGGCUGUCUGGAAACUGUGGUACAACUGAUUCCCAAGAACAAUGCAUCCAAAGCCCAUGCAGAGUGCUUGGUUCCCAGCCAGCCUAUGUUGGAAACGGUGGCUUUGAAGGUAUUGGGAGGCUGCAAGCUCAUACUGCGUCUACUGGACUGUUGCUGUAAAGCUUUUGUCUUGUCCGUUAAACACCUCUGCUCCAAGGAAUUCAUACUCCUGAAUACUGUGGCUUUAGGGCUCCUGAGCCGGCUCUGGAUUCAGUACAGGUGUGUAUUAGAGACCCUCAUGUCCUUGUACAGUGCCUUGUCGACAGUGCUUCAUCUGGUAUCUGAGACCCAACAGACCCCUUAUAUCAAGGGGUUUACCUUCCCUUCUGAUAUCGGUGACUUCCUUGGAGCUAACAUAUCUUCUGAAGCAAAGAAGCAAAAGGCUAAAAUGCUUACAACAAAAAAAUCUACCAGCUGGAUGAAGAAGCUCUUCCCAGCAAUGCCAGAGGCAGUGUCAAAGGUUGGGAAAAAGAGAAAAUCUGCGACCUGUACAAGUGCUGUUAAAAACCAUAGCAUCCCGUGCGCCAUGGACAUUGGAGAGGCAGUUGUGGUGCCCACGGCCAGGAGAGGGAAGCACCCAGGGUUUGAUGUGAAGAGCUUGCUUAGGCCAGCCAGACAUCCAACACAAGAGGGUCUAAGCAUUGCAUCAACAUCUUUUAAAGCAAAAUCAUCACCACUUUCAUCUCGAAUAGCAAAAUCACAGCACACUGGAUAUCUUGUACAGAUGGUCCAAACAGCUGCAUCAUUUGGGGAGCUGUCAGAGGCACUCAGAAAAGCUAUUCUGUGGUGCAAAAACAACAAAUUCAAAUCAGAAGCUUAUUUUCUGCGUAACAAGUUGUUGAAAAGCAAUCGGCUGCACCAUGUGGAGGCUCAAGGAUGGAGCUUGAAGAAAAAGCUGCGCUGUGUCAAAACAUCUGUGCGUAAAUACCUCCUGUACGGGUCACAGCACACGCGCUGGCCAAGGCAGCAGCUCAGGGCAUGGUUCUGCCGAAGGAGGAUCAGAUCAUCGCAACUCUUGAAGACAGCUCUAAAGACUGGUGGGCAGAAGCCUCCUGAGCUUUUUGGGGUCUGUGAGAACCAUGCAUCACUCAUCCUCCCGGCUUACCAGGAUGGGUCUCUGAGUCAGGAAGAACAUUCCAGCACUGAUACAGGACAUGUCAGACAAUGCACAACAGGGACCCUUAAGCAGCUGCUGCUGGAGGGAAGCCCUGGCCCAGUGUGGAAAGAAGCUGCUGAGAACACAGAUAUUGAUUCUAUUUUUGCAGCAAUAGGUGUCUGACCCUGGACUUGAAGGAGGAAACGUGUCAAGUCAUUUUAGUUUCUUGUUUUGUUUUGCAAGUAAACCCCUCUGAACCCUAAUGGUGUUUCAGUAACUCACAUCCUGAGUUCUGUUAAGAAAGUAACAACCAUUUUAUUAUGUUUUUGUAAACCAGAUUUUUUUUUAAUGGCUGAUUUUUGUAUUUUUAUGGGUGUUAUAAAUAACAGAGUAGUCUUGUCCAGGAA